UUUUGGACUACUGUAUCAAUGCAGCUGGUGAACAUACAGAACUAGUCAGUACUACGUUUGUCUAGGACCACUCUGUUCGCCGUCUGUGUUGGCAUCCGAUGCAUGUUUGAGCUGUCCAGGUGGCUGCCCAUACUCAGACACCUAUGGCCAAGAUCCUAACCCUGAGUUGCUUGAUACAGGGUAGCUAGCUACGAAUGCCUGUGUCAGAAUAAAAGGGCUGCAUGUAUGGAUAUCGAGCUUGGUGAUGAGUAGUGCAUAUAUACGACUCAUCAUUGCAACUAGUAGAAAUAUGGCGCUCGAUACCUGUCCCAGAUUAAACUUGUCGCCACUGACAAGCAGAAGUUUUAUGAAUAUCGACUCAGCGCCGCAUACAGCUAGUAUUGGUUGCAUCUGUACGGCUCUACCAAGUGAGAAGUUCCAGAACUGUGAUGCUUUAUUGGUGCCAAAGAAGAAUUGAGUGAGACUCGUCCUGAGGCUUGGUGAUUAGUGUAAUGUCAUUGGCUAUCUAAAAAUGGGCAUUUCAAGACUCCGCUUCACAUAUAUGAC